AUGCUGUGGCUGCUGGUCCUGACCCUCCCCUGCCUGGGGGGCUCCGUGCCUGGGAACUCAGAGGCCGGCGUGGGGCAUGAGUUGGUGGGCAUCGUCGGGGGCUGUGACGUCUCGGCCAGGAGGCACCCCUGGCAGGUCAGCCUGAGGUUCUACAGCAUGAAGACAGGUCUGUGGGAGCACAUCUGCGGGGGCUCCCUCAUCCACCCAGAGUGGGUGCUGACCGCCGCCCACUGCCUUGAGCCGGAGGAGUUGGAGGCCUGCGCGUUUAGGGUGCAGGUUGGGCAGCUGAGGCUCUAUGAGGACGACCAGCGGAUGAAGGUGGUUGAGAUCGUCCGUCACCCCCAGUACAACGAGAGCCUGUCUGCCGAGGGCGGUGCGGACAUCGCCCUGCUGAAGCUGGAGGCCCCGGUGCCGCUGUCCGAGCUUGUCCACCCGGUCUCGCUCCCGUCUGCCUCCCUGGACGUGCCCUCGGGGAAGACCUGCUGGGUGACCAGCUGGGGUGACAUUGCGGACCACCAGCUGCUGCCCCCACCCUACCAUCUCCAGGAGGUGGACGUCCCCAUCGUGGGGAACAGGGAAUGUGACCAGCAGUACCAGAAUGAGUCCUCGAGCAGCGACGACAGGGUCAUCCUAGACGACAUGCUGUGUGCAGGGAGCGAGGGCCGGGACUCCUGCCAGGGCGACUCCGGGGGCCCCCUGGUGUGUAGGUGGAAUUGUACCUGGGUCCAGGUGGGCGUGGUGAGCUGGGGCAAACUCUGCAGCCUUCGCGGCUACCCCGGCGUGUACACCCGUGUGAUGAGCUACGUGUCCUGGAUCCGCCAGUACGUCCCACCAUUCCCCAGACCCUAGCUGGGGUGCAGUGGGGUCUGCAUGAUCCAGGAGGGCCCGUCUUCCUUGUGGACACCCCUGCUGCUCCCCAGUCUCGGCCUCACCCUCCCGCAGGUCCCUGCCCUGAGACCCUUCUGCUCCUCUUGGCCUCUCAAGGCUCUGUGUUUUCCUGCUGGCAGGGGGCUCGGGGAGCCGGGGAGGGGCCCUCAAAGAUGAGUCGGGAGUGGAAACAGAAUCCCAGAAAUCCUAGACGGCUGCUUGUGACUUGACUCCAUUAAAUAGUGUGGAAACCG